CGUCAAUCUGUCCCAAUAAAGCCGCGCGGCCCACCUUAUCGCCAGUCACCACCACCACCAACCCAAAAAGUUCUUCCGCUUCCGACGACCGCCAUGGCCGCGCAGAGCCUCCUCUUUGCCGCCGCCGCGCCUCUCUUCCAGGCUCCUGCCUCUGCCUGCCCUUUCCACUCGCUCCGAAUUGUCUCCGCCCCGGCAGGCGCGGCCGCCGCUGUCAGGGCGCUCGUCGUCGCCGACGCCACCAAGAAGGCAGUCGCGGUGCUCAAGGGCACCUCCCAGGUCGAGGGCGUCGUCACACUCACCCAGGACGAUGACGGUCCUACGACAGUGAACGUUCGUAUCACUGGACUUACUCCUGGACUUCAUGGUUUCCACCUCCAUGAGUUCGGUGACACGACUAAUGGAUGCAUAUCAACAGGGCCACAUUUUAACCCAAACGGCCUGACACAUGGUGCACCAGAAGAUGAAGUCCGUCAUGCGGGUGACCUGGGAAACAUUGUUGCCAAUGCUGAAGGUGUGGCAGAGACAACCAUUGUCGAUAGCCAGAUUCCUUUGACUGGCCCUAAUGCAGUUGUUGGGAGAGCAUUUGUUGUUCAUGAGCUUGAAGAUGACUUGGGAAAAGGUGGGCAUGAGCUCAGCCUCAGUACUGGAAAUGCUGGUGGAAGACUUGCAUGUGGUGUUGUUGGCCUGACCCCGUUGUAGGUCGCUGUUUCCAGCUCUGGUGUUACCGUCGCCAUGCUACCCUUUUUGUUGCAUCUCCAGUCAUACCUGUAACGACGCCAGUCUCGUUUUCCCUGGAUUUCACACCUCCGGUGCUUGAUAGUUUCUGUUGAUCAUUUGUAUCAGUGUAAAGUUAAAUUUAUCAAAUAAAUGUUUCCAAACUUUGUCUUGUUGAGCUAUGAAGCUUGAACUUGAGAAUUUUUGGUGUGCGUAAGCUAUAAAAUGCUCAAAGAAUUAUAUUUGUGGA